GGCUCGAGUCCUGGCUGUCGGGUUCCGUUCAUCAGCCUACCAACACAGCAUGAGCAGGAGGCAGUUCCUGAUGGUUUCCAGGGCGCAUCAGUCCUUUCUCUGUCAGAACUGUCCAAGACUCCCCUCCAGAAUGGUCUUUCCACCCCCCCACUUCCUUCAUCAGAGGCUUCCAGUACCCGGCUCUCUCCUCCCAAUGUUUCUGCUCUCUUGGAUAUUUCGCUGCCUGGACCACCUGAAGAUGUGCUUUCUCAAGGAGAACCUGCCACUCAAAUCAGUGAUUCUAUCAUUGAAAUAGCUAUCAGCUCUGGUCAAUACAGUGAAGGUGUUUCUCUCUCUCCUGCAAAGCUGAAUGGCAGUGACAGCUCCAAAAGUCUUCCGUCCCCAUCCAGUAGUCCUCAGCAGAACUGGAUUGCCUCUCCCAGCCAUGAUCCCCAGUGGUACCCCAAUGACUCCACAGACUCGUCUCUCAGCAGCUUGUUUUCAAGUUUCAUCUCCCCCGAGAAAGGACGAAAAAUGUUACCAACUCCUGUUGGGACUGCCAGUGGCACCUCCUUACUGGGACCCAGCCUUCUGGAUGGAAACUCACGGGACUCUUUUGUGUCGCGGUCUCUGGCAGAUGUAGCAGAG